GGCUGCGGAUAUUGACCAAAUAUUUGGGAUCUGGGAUCAAACUCAACCGGGGAGCCGGCGUUGAGCCUGACUGAGGAUCCACAGGGGAUCCACAGGGGAUCCACCAGGCUGGGAUUGGGGAUCCACUGGGAUCAAGCGAGAUCAAUCAGGAUCCACCUGAAUCCACCGUGAUCCAUUGGGAUCUAUCAGAUCCACUGGGAUCAGGGGAACCAUCGGAAUCCAUCCGAUUCCAUUGGGAUCCAUCAGAAUCCAUCGUGAUCAAUCGGGAUCCAGCAGGAUCCAUCAGGAACAGCCAGAAUCCAUCAGGAUCAAUCGGGAUCAAUCAGGAUCCACCGGGAUCCACCAGAAUCCAUCGAGAUAAAUCAGGAUCCAUCAGGAUAAAUCAGGAUUCAUCGGGAUCAAUCGGAAUACAUCAGGAUCCAUCAGGAUCCAGCAGGAUCUAUCAGGACCCAGCAGGAUCAAUCAGGAUCUAGGGGGAUCCACCGGGAUCCAUCACCCAGGACCGGGAUCCGGCGCUCCCGGCCAUGCCGCGCGCGUUCCUGGUGAAGAAGCCGGUGGUGGCCACGGCCAAGCGCAACUGGAGCGAGCUCCCGGACGAGCAGCGGGCCGAGAUCUACGUGCCCAUCUGCCUGGGGGGCUGCCCCCCUGCGCAGGGACCCCGAGCCGGCGGUGGGGGAGGCCCCCGCGUCCCCCGCGUCCCCCCCUGGACAUGACGCUGCCCCCCCGCGCCCCCCCCGGCCCCUUCCUGCACCCCAAGGGCAAGGUCCCAUCCGGCCCUUUGGGCGCCCCCCUCCCCCCGGGGCUGCCCCUGGCCGGGGGGGUCCCCGUGGGGGUCCCGGGGGCCGGGGGGGUCCCGGGGGGCUCCGAGCUCUUCUCGUGCCCCGUGUGCCACAAGAGCUUCGGCUUCCAGCGGAUGCUGAACCGGCACCUCAAGUGCCACAGCGAGGUGAAGCGGCACCGCUGCCCCUACUGCGGGAAGGGCUUCAACGACACCUUCGACCUCAAGCGGCACGUGCGCACCCACACCGGUGUCCGUCCCUACAAGUGCUCGCUGUGUGACAAGGCCUUCACGCAGCGCUGCUCGCUGGAGUCGCACCUGCGCAAGAUCCACGGCGUGGCGCAGCGCUACGGCUACAAGGAGCGGCGCGCCAAGCUCUACGUGUGCGAGGAGUGCGGCGGCACGGCCGACAGCCAGGACGCGCACCUGGCGCACCUGCGCCAGCGCCACCCCCACAGCCCGCUUGCUGGCCAAGCUGGCCCGCAAGGCCGCGGCCACGCCCGCGCCACGCCCGGCCCCGCCCCGCGCCGCCCCGCCCCCCUAGGAGGGAAAGGGGAGGGGGCGGGGAUAGGGGGACACGCCCAGUUGGAACACGCCCAUUAGGGAGGGACACGCCCAUUCGGGGCUCAUUGGGGACACGCCCCAUUAGGGAGGGACACAGCCAUUAGGGAGGGACACGCCCAUUAUGGAGGGACACGCCCAUUCGGGGACACACCCAUUAGGGACACGCCCAUUUGGGGAGGGGACACACCCAUUCGGGGGGAACACGCCCAUUAGAAAGGGACACACCCAUUAGGGACACACCCAUUAGGGACAUGCUAAUUAGGGACAUGCUAAUAUUAGGGACACGCCCAUUAGGGACACGCCCAUUAGGGACUCAUUAGGGACACGCCCAUUAAGAAGGGACACACCCAUUAGGGACAUGGUCAUUAGGGACACGCCCAUUAGGGAAGGACACACCCAUUAGGGACACGCUCAUUAGGGACACGCCCAUUAGGGACACGCUAAUUAGGGAGGGACACGCCCAUUCAGGGAGGACACGCCCCAUUAGAGAAGGACACACCCAUUAGGGACACGCUCAUUAGGGACACGCCCAUUAGGGAGGGACACACCCAUUCAAGGGGACACGCCCCAUUCAGGAAGGGACACACCCAAUUAGGGACAUGCCAAUUAGGUUCACGCCCAUUCAGGGGGACACGCCCCAUUCGGGAGGGACACGCCCACUUGGAGGCACACACCCAUUAGGGAGGGACACACCCAUUCUGGGGACACACCCAUUUGGGAGGGACACGCCCAUUUUGAGGUUAGGGGAGGGACACACCCAGCUGGGCCACGCCCACUUCAGGCAGGGACACACCCACCUGGGGACACGCCCAUUUAGGGCAGGGACACGCCCAGUCUUGGGUUGGGGGAAGAAACUCUGAGGCCACGCCCACCAUGGAUUAUAGACCACGCCCACUUGGUUGGGACACGCCCCUUUGGGGGUCAGG